ACAGCAGAGGGGUUUCGAGACAUUUCUUUCACAGAGAUGGCGAAUGAAGAAAUUUGCCUCUGGUUAACACGAGCUGGAGGGACGGACAGACGCUAUGAAUCUACUUCGGAGCAAGGGAAGUCCUGGACAAUUGUGAGCCCCAUCUACUUCAGGUAUAAAGUAGUAGAGUCCCAAAACCUUCUGGAACCUGGCAAUGACACGUUACUUACUGGUCACUUAAGAGAUCCUGGGCAACUGGAUGCCUUCCGCAGCAGCACAAAGCCCAUCAAACGCUUUGUUGUCAUUGACGAGACUGUUAACCAACUCUAUGGUCCUCAAGUAAACAGUUACUUUGAGGCCAGAAACGUUAAUUAUAAAAUCCUUCCUCUCCCUACCACAGAAGAGAACAAAUCCAUGGAGCUGGUGAUGAAAAUCCUGAAAGAGCUCCACAGCUUUCUCAUCAGCAGACACACAGAGCCCAUCAUUGCAAUCGGCGGAAGGGUGUGCUUGGACAUUGUGGGAUUUGCAGCCUCUCUGUAUAGGAGGCACACUCCCUACAUUCGGGUGCCGACAACACUGCUGUCUUACGUUGAUGCCAGCGUGGGGGCCAAAACUGGAGUGAACUUUUCUCAGUGCAAAAACAAGCUGGGAAGCUACAUCCCUCCUGUAGCCACUUUCCUAGACAGGUCGUUUAUCCAAACAGUGCCACGUCGUCAAAUCUCCAAUGGUCUGGCAGAGAUGUUAAAGAUGGCACUCAUGAAACACAAAGGUUUGUUUGAGUUGUUAGAGAGCCAUGGAAAAUUCCUGUUGGAUACCAAUUUCCAGUCCUGCAAUGGUUUGUUAGACCACGGGUGUGUUGCUUUAAUGACUUCAAGGAUUGCAAUAGAAACCAUGCUGGAAGAGCUAGCCCCAAAUCUCUGGGAAGAUGACCUGGACAGAUUGGUUGAUUUUGGCCAUUUGAUAAGCUCAGAAUUAGAGAUGAAAGUACUGCCAACAUUAAUGCACGGAGAAGCGGUCAAUAUUGACAUGGCAUACAUGACGUACGUGUCCAAUGACAGAGGCUUCUUGACCACUGCAGAGAGAAAUCGCAUUAUUCAGUGCAUGAAGAACUUGGAGCUUCCAGUCUGGCACCAUGAUUUCAGUCUAAACCUGGUGAAGAAAUCCCUCAAUGAACGCCUGAAGCAUUCUGAAGGACUCCAGAGAAUGCCCUUACCGACUGGUGUGGGAACCACAGAAAUUUUUAAUGACAUAGAUGAUGAAGUCUUAGAAAGAUCUUUUAAGAAAUGGUGCGAGGACCUGAGCACUGAAGAAUAAAAAGAUGUAUGUGUCACAAAAUGUUUUUGAUCUAAAUACCACCUUCCUAAAUACCAUUCUACAAUAAUCCUGGUUUCAUUUUCUAUAGAAUCUUGUGAUGGUUUUCCACAAAUGAUUUUUAAUCUCAUUACAUUGAAUAAAAGACUGUAGAAAAUCUGAUUUAUGAAUUUUAGGGCAGCAUUAUUGAGAUCCACCACUGUUUACUUUAUAUCAUUAAAAUAAUCCCCUUUGUACUUUAAUUAAUUUAUUAAAUCAAUCCUAAUGUCACCAAAUCAUGCAAUAUUAGUAUUAGGCUUCCGUUUGCAAUAAGUGUAAUUUAACGUAAAUUGGGUUUUAAACAGCAAACUUAAAUAUAUUAUUCUUAGGUUCAGUGUUUCUGGAAUUUGACAACUGCACACUUUUCUUUCUAAAUUAAUAUAUCAUUUCCUACUAAAUAAGUUUGCAGGUUUCCUAGGUCUGUUCCAAUUUUAGAGUCUUGAAUUUCUGUUUCCAGGUAUUUAACUUGCAAAUAGCACCACCUGGUGGCCAUAUAGUUUGGGGUUAUUUUAAAGGGAAAGUAAAAUACAGAAUUUCUGCAAUCCUAGACCUGCUGUUAUCCUAGACUUAUGCUACAUUUAUUAAAAAAAAGCCCAAACACUCACAAUCCAAAACAGCACUAGAGUGAUAUCCAUAUGCGAUACUGUGAUGGUUUUGAAUGCAUCCAUUGAUCACAAUGCAGUAAAGUCUACUAGUAACUAGAAUGCCCUUUUAUUAAUCUAGGUUUUAAGCUAGCUCCUGAAACAGGAGUCCCGCUGUGUUUUUAUCUCUGAUGUUUUUUACAUGCACCACAUGCAUAACCCUGUAGCAAUAUGCCCAGAAUGAAUUUAAUAGUGCAAGCAGGGAUUCAUUCAUUUAUUCUCACAGGAAGGAUAUUUAUAUAGUAUGCUACCUUGGGAAUCUUUUAUAUUAAUUUAAAAAGAAAAGGACUUGAAAUCUGCUCACCUAGAGCGUAGCAACGUGCAAGUCAUGCUGUAUUAAAUACUUCUCAGGGUUCAAUUAACUAGAAUAGCCUGCAUUAUGCAAAUCAUAUUAUGCAUUCUCAAGGGAAAUUUCCCAGUCCAUUCUUAAAAACUCACCACAAGAUGGCAGACUUUAUUGCUGCAGACUUUAUUGCUGCAGCCUUUAAAAAUGAAAAUAUUUAUUUAUAUAUUUUUGAAAUAUAUAUAUUCUCUUUUUCUGCAUUGUACCAUGACAACUCCAAUCAUCUGUUUGCCAAGAAACACUAAUAAUUGUAAUAUUCCGUUUUUUAUAUUUAUAAAAAGGUAUGAAAUGUUGUGCUAAUAAGCAAAGAUUAGUGCAACACUGCACCGCACAGCAGUAUAUACAACCAAAAAAACAUUGAAUGUUAAUCUGUGAAGAUUAUUUUACACUUCCAGUACAUAUAUACUGCAAUCAUUUCACCACCAUCUGCAAACAACACAGCUCUUCUAUUUAAACUAGUAUUGAUUACCCAUGUAGUCUUCUGAAACGGACAGC